AUGGCAGAAAAACCAAUUAGUCUCGAGGACAUCUACAAUUUAAUUGCCAAGGUUGAAAUUGAGCACCUAAAUAAGAACAUCACAGAAGUAAAAAAAGAGAUAGAGAACACGAAUAAUAAAUUUAAAGAAAUUAAAGAAGAAAAUAAAACAUUAAAAAUCAAACUGAAUGUGCUUGAAGCUAAGUUGAAGAAGUACAACGUAGUUGCGUAUGGCAGAAAUGAGGAAGAUAAAGGAGCAGCAGAAGAAGCUAAAGAAUUUAUCGAACAAAAAUUGGAAAUUUUCAUAGAAGCAACCCAGAUAAGAGACUCCUAUCGCAUAGGUAGAAAGGUAGAGAAUCAAUAA